UACUCAAAGCAACAGGAAAACAUUCUUAGACAAUGCCAUUAUUAUUUUCAAAGCUUAUAUUGAUUCAUUUACUGAUGAAUUAGAAUUUCUAACUGUGAAGCUGAUAGCAAUUAUCAUGAUACAUGUAAAUAACAAGUAUAAUAAUUGCUCGUUUCUUGAUUUACAUGCAUGUGCAGUUGAAGGUUGGUAGCACUAUUAAAAUUUAAAGUUAAAAGAUAACAAGUAUAUUGUGGCUAGAUAGAGCUUGAACUGGUUCCUUAGUUGACAAUGAAUUUCUAAGUUCUGCAAGCUAUUUCAUUCCAGAUUGUAUCUGGCAAAGGUUUAUUGGUGUUGUCCAAAGUGGUGAUUGAUUGACACUGCAACACUGUCAGGCUCUUUUUUUGCGUCCUGCUCAGUUUGAGGAUGAGUGAAGUCCACCAAUAUAUCCUGGUAACCAAAAACAACUUGACGUCUGACCAGCGAAAGUUGUAUGACUUGGUUCAAGCAGCUGGCAUUGUGAUGCACCCAACACUUUUCAAGAGCAUCAUGGACCUACUCAAUGAGAAAGUUCCUCCACAUGCUCUCCUAAAUGUACUGAAGGAGCAGAGUGGAAGGAUUCUCAAUAGGAGCAACAUCAGCAACGAUAACUUCCUUCCAGAAGAAUUCAUAAAUGGAAACAUGAGAUAGACAAACUUCUGAUCUUCAGGGAUGAUUUCUGGUUAUUGUGGAGUUUGUAAAUGAUCUUAAUAGUUACCAAAAGGUUGAAAGCU